GUGCGUGCACCGUGUCAGUUUCGGAGUCUUGGGCGUCUCACCUCCGUGCGGCGGCGUCCAGGGCGCGCCUCUGCCUAGGGCUAUUUCCUCUCCUCUGCCCACCCGGCGCCCCGCAGCACCCCCCAGCCCCCGGGCCCUUCCUGCCUUUCCUCCGCAGUCCUUAGAGCUGGGAGACUUUUCUUUCUCUUUUCUCUUCUCUCCCCUUUGUGGCUCCAAAAACCUAUCGCGCCGAAGCUCCCGGCUCCGGAGGGAGUUCCACUUGCAGGGGAAGGGCGGCCGCCCGCGCAGCGCACCGGCCCCUCCUGCGACCCCACCGGCCGGCGCGCCCACCCCGCCUUCCCGCCCCGCACCUGCCUUCGUUCGCCUGAGGAAGCCAGCCGAGAGUUCAUUGAUGCACCCAUUCCAGUGGUGUAACGGGUGUUUCUGUGGCCUGGGACUGGUGAGCACCAACAAGUCCUGCUCAAUGCCCCCCAUCAGUUUCCAAGACCUUCCCCUCAACAUCUACAUGGUCAUCUUCGGCACGGGCAUCUUCGUCUUCAUGCUGAGCCUCAUCUUCUGCUGCUAUUUUAUCAGCAAACUCCGGAACCAGGCACAGAGCGAACGAUAUGGAUAUAAAGAGGUGGUGCUUAAAGGAGAUGCCAAGAAGUUGCAGUUAUAUGGGGUGAGUGGCCUGGGGCAGCAGGCGGGGUGCCCAGCAGCAGACCUGUGCCGUCUGUCUGGAAGACUUCAGGGGCAAGGACGAGCUAGGUGUCCUCCCGUGCCAACACGCCUUUCACCGCAAGUGUCUGGUGAAGUGGCUGGAGGUGCGCUGUGUCUGCCCCAUGUGUAACAAGCCCAUCGCUGGCCCCUCCGAGGCCUCCCAGAGCAUCGGGAUUCUAUUGGAUGAGCUGGUGUGAGCGCUGCCUCUGUACCAGGCUUGAAGGAGACCUCUAGCUUCGUGGGUGCCUGGUCCUUCCUCGCAUCCACGGUGAACAAGACUGGUGGGUGGUGAGGGUCCCAGUCACCUGGAAGGGAGGGGAUGCCGGGCUGGUCUUCCACUGUCAGGGUGAGACCAGACUCACCCCUGCCUCCUGAAGCCUUCCUCCCUGUUACCCCGUGCUGAUGGCCUUGCCUUGCCGGGACUGGACUCUGCCUGCAUUGUCCCUGCUCUGGGAACAGAAAUCCACUCCUGUUUAGCCAAGAACUUGGAGCUCACCCUGCCUUGAGGGUUUCCCUGAGAAGGACGAGCUGCCCUGAUCUCGAAGAAGGGGUGUGAUGAGCUGUGCCCCGCCUGUGAUCCCCCCCACCUCCUUGCCACCACUUCCCGAGGAAGGUUAGAAGGCAAGGGGGGAAAGACGGAGGAACCAGGUGCCUCCAGUGGAAGCCGAGGAGGCUCUGUAGGAAAUCGGGAAGCGCGUGGACAUGCAGAAGAAGAGUCAAUGUUUACACGGGACCUGCAGAAACAAAGGCUGGCCGGCCGGCCUGCUGACUACAGUGGGGGGUCGGGGGGGCGGCUGGGGGGCAGCCGCAGCCCUCUCCUAGCAUCUGAGGUGCUUAAUCCAUUCACUGUUCCUCGGUUGAUCUCAGAGCUUCCUAUUCCAUGUUGGCGUUUGAGCGCCCCUCCUCACCCCUCCCAGAGGAAGGGCUUUUUCUACACCCAGGUGGAUUCCCCAGGGUUUUUUUUUUUUUUUUUUCUUUUCUAAAGGAGCAAAAAAGGGCCUGGGGAUGAGGGGCUGUCUGAAGGUUAAGGUCGCGACGGACACCCUCUUUUCCUUUGUAAAUAGUAUUUUUAUACUUCAUCCUCACCAUCUCAGGCUUUAUACAUGGAAUCCUCCAAAUGGAAGGACUGGGGGCUUUCUCUGUUCCUUCCCCCAAGUGGGUGAGGGUGGGAAAAAGGUAUGUAUUUAAAGAAAAUUAAAUUUAAUAACAAGUUUCUCUAA